AUGGACCACGUGCUGGAUGAUCUGAGGACAAGUUUCAUCGUCAAAUGGAACGAACUGGUGGAGAACAUGCACCCGACGGAAGAAGAAGAAGAUGAUGAUGAUAAUGAUAAUGAUGGAUCGGACAUUGGUCAAAAAUUGCGAGCGGCCAAAAGCCAACUAUCACAACUGAAAUUGGAGGGCAAACAGUCAAAAUCAGCUCGUCGUGCAGAGCACAAAAAGCUCUCGCACGAAUUGUGGGAAAAACAACGGAACCUUCAUCGAUUGGGACGAAAAGCACAACGGCACAUUAGUCUGUAUGAAUAUGCUGUCUUGAUGCGAGAAGCAGGACCUGCAAGGCCCUACACAAGCAGCAGAUCGGACACUACCGAAAGAUUGAUUGAGAGAAAAGGACCUGAAGUAGUAGCAGCAUCAGGUAGCUCGGAUCAUGCUUCCUCGUCUCAAAAACAACAACAAAAACAACAACAACAACAAAAACAAAAACAGAAACAACCACCACCACCCAAUUCAACAACAACUCUAAUCCUGUGGUCGCAGACAUUCUAUGGCUCCAGUGCGUUUCUGUGGCAACUAAUGGUCCAAUCGGUUUUGCAAGUCAGACUGCUGAAAAAGGCGCACUUGCUCACGAUGUUUCGUGCACAAGAAGUCAUUUUCAAGGUCCACAAGAGCAACGAAGUCAAGCAACUUGCGGCGUAUAUCAAAUCCAAGGAUAAAAUGGACGAAGCCUGUAUUGAUUUGAUGCAACGGAAGGCCGAAGUGAUGCUCCAAAUAGAAAGCAAACUAAAGGAAACAAAGGAUGUGAUGGAAACCUACAAUGAGAUUGCACAAAAGCAACGUAAAAUUAUUCUCAAGCUAAAGCUGAGGGGAGGCCAAGCAGUCUCCGAUCAAGUCAAAGAAAACAUCAUUCGACGACGGUCCACACUGAUACAAGGAAUUGAGGAUUCGGAGCCUCCAUUCCUAGCCGAAUUGAAGCGUGAAUCAUUGAUACGUCUGAGUACGAUUGCCGAACGAAUGUCACUGGAAGCAGAUGGACCUUUGGUAGACAAGGUGCGGGUGGAAUUUUCAUUAGACGAGUCGUUGAUGAUGAAAGAAGAAGAGGAAAAGCAGGCUCAGGUAGGACGAUCGAGCCCACAUUCUUUUGAUACAUCGGCAAUGGGAGGGAGCAGUAGUCAAAUCGAAGAAGCCGAGGAAACGCAGGUUCAAGUAGGACGAUCGAGUCCACACUCGUUUGACACCAGUAAGUCAGAUUUGGGAGAGAGUAGUAUUCAAUUCGGAGAAAGAUGUGGAUUCAAAUCAUCAUUGUCCAGUACAAUUCUUAAAGAGCAAGAUGACGAUGAUGAGAAUGCAUCCUUCGUUUCCAAUUCCACCAUUUCCGACGAUGAACUUGACUAUAUGCCAGAAGCCGUGCCGUCACAGCAACAACAGCCAAAAACAAUAAAAAGAAAACGAAGUCGUGCGGAACUUCGAAAAUCGCUCGACAGCAUUGCACUGCUGAAUAGAUCAGCAUCAUCCAGUUCUAACAUCGUCGGCGCAGGUGAAGAUCAUGAGAAUUCGUCCGUCAAAUCUGGCAGAUCCAAUGCUUCCAGAAUGGAACUAGAACGCCGCCGAAUCAUGGCAGAAGAGCGAUUGGCCAAAUCGAAACGAAUGUCCCAACGAGUAUCCAUGCAAGCCAAACGAAAAAAGGCAAAGCAACGACUGGAGGAAUCCAAGAAGCGCCUUCGAGGUUUUUUGGCAGCCGAGGAUUCUUCCAGUUCGUUGGAUACUCGAAUUCGAGACGAUGAGAGCUACCACGAAUCUAGUACGAGCUUGAGAUCUCCUGAUUCGGUGGCCGGUUUUCCAUACCCUAUCCCCACUACUCCUGAGGCAGAAUUGAGGAAGGAGGAGGGCUAG